AUGCCUCAGCCGAAAGAACGAGCUCUCGACGAGUCCCCUGACGCUGUAGCCUCGGCAUCAACGCCAGAUGUUGUCACAGAGGAAAAGGGUCAAGAAACGAGCGCAGACCGAGACGAACAAGUCAAACGGAGCCUCUUCCUCCGCGCGCGUGAACAACUGGUCGCGACGUAUGCUCCCCAGGUACCACCUGAACUGAUCAUGCCUAGCGGACCGUCUAACGAGGAAAAACUUUUGUAUCUCAAGACUAAUCGGCUUGGCCUCUACUCUUUCGGUGUACUCUCCUUUCUCAGCUUGUCGGCAGGCAUGUGGCUCUUUGUCGUAUCCGCAGUUCCUUUCUAUUGGUUUGGUGCGAUGGUCGUCCUUCUGCAAGCAUACCUGUUUGUCUCCUAUGGUGUCUCGCUUGUCGGAAAGGACUUCGAUUACAAAAAACAUUUGGAAAUUCUCAAGGAACACCCUAUCAAUGAGGUUACGGCGCCCACUGUCGACAUCUAUCUUCCUUGCUGCAAGGAGCCGAUCGAAGUCCUUGCAAACACCUACAAAUACGUUAAGGCGCUGAAGUACCCACCUGGCAAAAUGAAGGUUUUCGUCCUUGAUGAUGGCGCAUCGGCAGAAGUCGAAGCGCUUGCGACUUCCUUUGGCUACGAAUACAUCUGCCGAGAAGAUCGCCCUCGCCUUAAAAAAGCAGGAAACCUGCGGUGGGCAUUUGCGAGGACUACUGGAGACUAUUUCGCAAUCUACGAUGCUGACUUUUGCCCCCGUGAAGAUUUCCUCCUCGAGCUCGUCCCUCAGCAUCUAGCACACCCCAAGACUGCCAUUGUCCAGACUCCUCAAUUUUUCCGUGUCAAAGAAGAGCAGACUUGGGUAGAGCAGGGCGCAGGUGGUGUUCAGGAGUUGUUCUACCGCGUUAUUCAAGUCAACCGAAACCGCUGGGGAGCAUCCAUUUGCGUUGGUAGCAAUGCGUUGUAUCGUCGCGAGGCCCUUGUCGAAGUAGGCGGCACUGCCGAGAUUGGUUUCUCCGAAGACGUUCACACUGGCUUUGACGCUUUGACCCGUGGAUGGGAAGUCAGAUAUGUGCCCUUGUGUCUGGCGUGCGGAAUCUGUCCGGACACUCCUCGUGCGUUCUUCAGUCAACAAAUGCGCUGGUGCAUGGGCUCUACUACGCUGCUCACCAAUCCUAGAUUCUGGCGCUCGAAGCUCACCUUCAUGCAAAAGCUCUGCUAUCUCUCCGGCAUGAUGUACUACUCUGCGAUCUCCCUCUCGAUCUUCCUCAACCCGCUACCAGGCCUCCUCAUGAUUUGGGUACGCCCUGAUUAUGUUCGAUACUACAACCUCGCCUUCGCCGUCCCAUCUCUUAUCUACUCGAUAAUUGCCAUACGCUUUUGGGCAAAAGCACGCUAUGGAUUCAAUGUCCAGUUCAUCAUGUACAUCCAAUCAUACGCGUAUAUGACGGCCAUCAAGGACCGAUUAUUCGGUCGUGCGCUCGCAUGGGUUCCUAGUGGCGACACCAAAGCACACAAGAAUAACAAGUACCGCAACAUGCGCCUUUUGGCUUGGGUUUGGACAGUGAGCUCUUGUGGAGCGCUUAUCUCAGGCGUAACAUAUCAGUGCCUCCAGGGUUUCAAGUGGUACGAUGCUUUUCCCACGCUUCUUCUGAUGGCUUUCAACCUUUUUCUAGCCCAUCGUUUCCUAUUUUGUCACGGAAAGUUAUAG